AUGUUUUUGUUUCUUUCUUUAGGCUUGAGUGCAAAAUAUGCAAUACUUUUUGCUGGCUCAAACUCAUAUACAAACUACAGACAUCAAGCUGACGUAUUUUAUAUGUACCAGCUUCUUAAAACUCAUGGAUUUGAUGAUGAUCAUAUUUCUUUAUGGGCAUUUAACGAUAUCAUAAACAAUUCACUGAAUCCAUAUCCAGGAAAGAUGUUUCAUACAUUGAAUGAUAAAAACAUUUACCCAGGCGAUGACAAGAUUGAUUACAAAGGUUAUCAAGUUUCAAGUGCUAACCUUAUCAAAUACUUAAAACACAUGAAUACAACAAAAGAUGAUGAUAUAUUCUUCUAUUACAAUGAUCAUGGUGCUCAAAAUAUUUUAGCUUGUCCAGAUGAAUCAUUCAUAACGACAUAUGAGCUUGCAAACACAUUUAAUACAAUGCACAAACUCGGGAAAUACAAACGUAUAUUCUUCAUGGUAGAAGCUUGUUAUUCUGGCUGUUUGGCAGAAUCUGUAAAUUCUCCAAACGUUGCAGUCAUAACUGCAGCUCAAUGCAAUGAAUCAAGCUAUGCAGCAAUUCGUAGCCCAUGGACUUAUAGUUUAUUAUCAAAUGAAUUUUCUACACACAGUAUGAGCGAAAUUGAAAUGAAUCCUCAACAUACUAUUCGCUCAUUAUUCCAGAACGUUCAUGAUAAGAUGAUUCGCUCUACUCCGACCUCGUUUGGUGAUAUUUUGGAUACUCCAAUUUCAGAAUUUAUUGGUGUUGGUCCAAAGAGCUCAAUAAGAAGACAAGCAUUCGAUUACGAUGAAGAGAUGUUCAGGCACCCAGAACUUCAUGCUUCAAGAGAAGCUCUUGAUGAAUACAAGCAAUAUCAGAAAGAACAGAAAUCCAUUGCCGAAAAAAUGGAAAGAUCAAUCAAGACAGUUGUCGAAAAGGUCGCUGGAAAACAAGCUCCGCUUCAUAUGAAGCGUCUUGUUACUGGUGAUUUCCAGAAGUGCUACGAACCAGUUUUGCAUUCAUACUUUGGCAAAUUAGGAAAAUUCAACCAAGAUUACUUAUAUCUUAUCUCUCCUCUGAAGUCUCUUUGCGCAAAUUACGAUUCUCAGGUUAUUAUAGAGGCAAUCGAGUCAGCUUUUCAAUAA